CGGGGCUCUGCUGAGCGGGCGGUGUCUCGGGCGCUCCGGCUCCUACACUCCGCGGGCUGUAAAGCCGCGGCUGACUGAGCGGCUGGGCCUGGCAGGUUCAGUUGUCGUCCUUAUCUGAUGGUACAUCCUGCCUCCUAGUGACAGACACAACCAUUGUUUAUUGGGUCACAUACCAGGGGCUGCGAUGGACCUGGUUCUCAGUGUGGCCGACUACUACUUCUUCACUCCGUACGUGUAUCCAGCCACGUGGCCUGAGGACAACAUCAUCCGACAAACUAUUAGCCUCCUGAUUGUCACGAACCUGGGUGCUUACAUCCUCUACUUCUUCUGUGCAACCCUCAGCUAUUAUUUUGUCUAUGAUCAUUCCUUAAUGAAACACCCACAGUUUUUAAAGAACCAAGUCUCUCGGGAGAUCGUGUUCACUGUCAAGUCUUUGCCUUGGAUCAGCAUCCCCACGGUCUCACUGUUCCUGCUGGAGCUGAGGGGUUACAGCAAACUCUACGAUGACAUCGGAGACUUUCCAAAUGGCUGGAUUCAUCUCAUGGUUAGCGUGGUAUCCUUCCUCUUUUUCACGGACAUGUUGAUCUACUGGAUUCAUAGGGGCCUGCACCACAGACUGGUCUACAAGCGCAUACAUAAACCACAUCAUAUUUGGAAGAUCCCCACGCCGUUUGCAAGUCAUGCUUUCCACCCUGUGGACGGCUUCCUUCAGAGUCUGCCUUACCAUAUAUACCCCUUUGUCUUCCCACUGCACAAGGUGGUCUACUUAGGUUUAUAUGUCUUGGUUAAUGUCUGGACAAUUUCUAUUCAUGAUGGUGAUUUUCGGGUUCCCCAGAUCUUAAGGCCAUUUAUUAANNGGUCCGCUCAUCACACAGACCACCACAUGUUCUUUGACUAUAACUAUGGACAGUAUUUCACAUUGUGGGAUAGAAUUGGAGGCUCUUUUAAACAUCCUUCCUCUUUUGAAGGGAAAGGACCGCAUAGUUACGUGAAGAACAUGACAGAAAAAGAAUCUAACAGCUUNGCAGAAAANGGCUGUAAAAGCAAAAAAGUAUGCAAUGGAGAGUUUACAAAGAAUAAGUAGAUUAUUGCCCAAUUAUUAACUAUUUUAAAUAAGAAAAUAAUCUACACAGNCAAGAUACGUAGCAAAUAAGUGGUGCCAUUUGAAUAUCAGCAUUGCUCGAGUGUCAUGCUGAGGGAUGGUCCUGACAGUAAACAGCNGGAAGACACGGGGAGCAUUGUAAUCUCUUGGUUAAUUGUCCGACAUUGGUCCAGGGACAACUUGUCUUUUCAGCCAGCUGACCUGUACAGCUCUGAAGCAUCUUUAAAUAUGAUAGAAAAUAAGCCACUCAAGAAGCUGGUCUGUGUCCUUUUGCCUUAAUCCAUGCAUACUCAUUAAGGAAAAAAGUACCAUUGUGCUUAACAAUACUGAGACUAACCAGGAAACCCUAAAGAUGGCUGGCUCCACUGCAGUGCUGAGAACUGCAUUCAAAUAGGAAUACCAGUCCAAGCAGGCUGAUACGUGAGUGGCGGUGGAUAAGUUUUGCUUAAUGGCUGAUGUAAUAAGAUUGUACUUUCUUCCUAUACAUAGGCACCUUACUCUCUGGGCAUUAUCAGAUUUUAAUAAAUGAAUAAAUAAAUGGUAUUUUUUUUUAAUGUCAGCUUUUCCAUAAUUCAGUCCAGAUAGGAGAUUAUUGAACUGAAGAUCUUGGUGAGUGUCUUUUUUUUUUUUUUUUUUUUGGUUUUCAAGACAGGGUUUCUCUGUAUAACCCUCGCUGUCCUGGAACUCUGUAGACUGGGCUGGCCUCUAACUCAGAGAUCUUCCUGCCCCUGCUGGGGUCAGAGGUGUGNGCCACCACUGCCCAGCUUGAUGUGUGUCAUUUAAAACCACUGNUUAAUAACCCUACAGACAUGAAUCUGGAUAAUGCUAGAUAGAAACUUGUGACAUCUUUUUUAAUCAAGUGGACAAACUGUACUUUUGAUGUAUUUCUCAGUUACGAGGCUGACUUUUUUUAAUGAAGGGAAUAAUUGCCAAGUACUUAAGUCUACCUGAGAUACACUUUUAAACCUCAUCUUCUUAUUUCUUCCCUCUCUUCCCACUGCCUCUGCAAAAACAAAAACAAAAACAAAAAACAUAAAGAAAGGUGGGUCUUGUAAGCUAAGUAUAUUUGUAGGGGGAGAAGAUGUUUUUAUAAAGUUAUUCUAAUGGCUAUUUGUGCAAAAAAAAAAAAAAAACAAAACAAUAAAAGUUGAUCAUGACUGCUGUUAUCCACUUAAAUGUUAUAGCACAAAACAUCCUUUGUGUGCAUUGGGGUCACUUUGAAGGUGUAGAGGUGAUGUGGGUUAUGAAAACUGAGAGCGUCCCAAAUGCCCAGAGUCACUGCGCUGUGUGCAAACAUCAGUCAUUGCAACCGCCUCUUUCUCAUUUGUUAGUUGACUUUACCAAGUGCUCUGAGGAAGUGAAAACAAGAAGGAAAGAAGCUCCAUGUUAGGAUCUAGACUUCCCAUUUCCUGGGUAUACAGCCCACUGGAACCCUGAGGUUUGAAUACAUCAGCAUCACUAAGAUGUGGACUGAUUAGGAUGUUGGAUGAAUCUGGCACCUAGCUCUUAGCAGUGUGCUGUACAUACAAAAGGACCUUUAAGAUAUACUGUUUGGUACUACAUCAAGAAACAGUAAACCCCUCCCCCCACCACCACCACCACCGAACAGGACAUCUCCAUCGCCCCUAUCCUCCAAGGAAGAGGAGGCAGAGAGAUUGAGAGCAGAGACCAGGGAAGAUGGUGCAAGUCUCUAGACAUGAGGGAGCCUUUGUGCUCAUAAGCUCACUGUAGCUGUGGCUGCCAGCACACGAUCCAACCAGUCAACAUUCCAGAGUGGAUGGGGUGAUGGAUGGGGUGCGGGCACUCAGAGGGUCCCACCUCUAGCUGGGCGCUUCUGACAGUUGAUGAUUGCUAGAGAAGGGAGAGUCCAUUUGCAGUAGUGCAAUCUCUAAGUUGCUUUUGCACCACUGGGUUACCUCCCAGGCCAAGGCCUGUUCUGACUGGACUCUGGCUUAUUAAAAAAAAAGAAGAUAGGAGAAUUGGGGAGGGAUGAGGAGGGGUCUGGGAAAAGUUGGGUAUGAGAAAGAGUGGAUAUGAUCGAAAUGCGAGGUGUGUGUGUGUGUGUGUGUGUGUGUGUGUGUGUGUGUGUGUG